ACGUACUCUUCGUCCUUUUCUUUGAUGCGCGAAUAAAGAGGGAGAGAAAGAGAGAAAGAAUGGGAGUGGGUGGUGGGGAUAGUUGGCGUCGGCCAAUCAGCGUGAUCAUAGCGGUGGCCGGCGAGGCACGAGUUCCUUCGAGUUCGUUCGCUCGUUCGCGCUAGUCCGCGCUAGUUCGUUCGUCGUUGACUGCGUGAUACCCGUCGUUCCUCCUUCUUCUUCUUCUUCUUCUUCUUCUCUUUUUCUUCUUCUCCUCCUCCUCCUCCUUCUCAUUCUCAUCCUUCUUCUUAUUCUACUUAUCUUCCUUCCUCCUCUUCCUUCUUAUUCGCGAGUUCUACCAAAGGGAUUUAUCUUUGCAGAAGGACGAGAACGAUAGCGCUCCGCAGACGCGCUCCGCCACCUGACUGACUGACUGACAUGUCACGCUGUCUUAUUUUUCCUCUUAUUCUUUAUUAUUCUUUUUAUUAUUCUUUUUAUUAUUCUUUUUAUUCUACAUCACUUCCUCUUCUUUUUCAUUCUCGUAUUAUUCGUCGUUCUCCACAUCGUGAGUGAGAAUAUAAAAAUAUUCAAUGAUGAUUGGUUGUUACUGUUGCUGCUGCUGCUGCUACCGCUCAUUUUACUUCGUUCAAGGAUCACAAUUUUCUUCCCUGGAUCUUUACUCUGAUUUUGGUGAUCGAGGAUGCACGAAACCGGAAAGCGGAUGAAGGAGUAAUCCGAGAGGUGUGGUGAGGAGAGGAGGGAAGUAUUCGUGUUAAAGGGGAAACAAAAAAUAUAGUGAGAAGUGCUACGAUAGACGCUAUGGUGGUGGAGUGGUUGUGUCCUGGACUUAGGCCCACCGGAAGCCGUAGGCCUCGGCUCCUCCACUGCAAAGUGAUUCUUCUCGACGAGCAUGAAUUAUUGCAGGACGUAUUGAGCUCCAAUCUUGGCCAGGAAUUACUGGACAGAGUAUUCAGGCAUUUGAAUCUCUUAGAAACCGCUUACUUUGGUCUACGUUAUUUGGAUCAUGAAAAUCAAACGCAAUGGCUGGACCCCAGCAAGAAGAUCGGCAAACAAUUGAAAGUCCAAAAAGGUGAUCCAACCUCGGAUGUUCAUACAUUGUAUUUCGGUGUUAAAUUUUAUGCAGCUGAUCCGUGCAAACUCAUCGAGGAAAUAACAAGGUACCAAUUCUUUCUGCAAGUUAAACAAGACAUUUUGCAAGGAAGAUUACCGGUAUCCUUCGAUUUGGCAGCAGAAUUAGGAGCAUACGUCGUACAGUCUGAAUUGGGCGAUUACGAUCCAAGAAGACACUCCUUAGGCUACGUUACGGAAUUUCGAUUUCUUGCUAAUCAAACAGCCGAAUUGGAAAAUCGAAUAGUUGAACUUCACAAGACACUCGUAGGACAAUUGCCAGCAGCUGCAGAACUGAAUUAUCUCGAUAAAGUAAAGUGGCUCGAGAUGUACGGAGUCGACUUGCAUCCAGUAUUGGGUGAGGAUAGCGUUGAGUAUUUUCUGGGCCUGACGCCGAGCGGUAUAAUACUCUUGCGCAACAAGACCAAAGUGGGCAAUUACUACUGGCCCAGAAUCAAUAAAAUCUAUUACAAAGGCAGAUAUUUUAUGUUGAGGGUCAGCGAAAAAAAUUCCGAAGAGAGGACGCACGGUUUUAAAACCCCAUCGAAGGGAGCUUGUCGGCACCUUUGGAAAUGUUGUUUGGAACAUCAAGCAUUUUUCCGAUUAAUGGCAACCGGUCCCCCACCGCUUAGUCCGUAUUCGCGUUUCCGUUCGUAUAGUCCACCAAGUGGUACCGAAAAGCAUGCCACUUCGAUAAGAAGAAAUCCAGCACCUGCAUUUCAAAGGACACCUAGUCGAAGAGCUCAAAGACGAGUGGUGGAAGGUCAGGAAAUGGUUGGACCAUUUGUCGAAGGUCCAGCUACAACAACGAUUGGUGCACCCAAUUCUUGUAAUAAUCCACCUGGUAACGGUGGUAACGUUUUGUGCAAUCCUCAAAGUAACAGACAAGUUAGUAGUAGCUCUAGUCCUAGAAGUAUCAGAAGUGCUCCAUGGACUCAGAGUCAACCACGUGGGCUUUACACUUCGUCUAGUCCUCGAUCCGUUCGUUCAGCAGGAACGGCACCGGCGCUCUUGAGCAGACUCCAACGAAGGAGCAGCUCCGUCGAGAGUCAAAGUUCCGGGGACAGUCACAGUCGUGGUGGUCAUCGUAGAAGAAGUCAUAGUCAUAGUCAUCGAAGACACAGUAGACAUUCCGAUUGCGAGUCUGAAUUAUCCAGAGGAUCGGAUACUCGAUCAGGACAUAGGAAACAUCGUAGAAAGCACAGGAGUUCCCGUUCUUCUAGACACGAAUUGGUAGAUUCAGAGCCUCAAUGGAGAGAAGCACAAAGGCGUAAAGGUGAAGGCGUACAAAGAGCCAUUGUAAGUCAUACGGAACCUAGAAGAAGGCACAGAAGUAGACACAGGAGUCCUUCCCAAAAGCAACCACUGCCGGAUGAGCUUAGAAAAUGCACAUUUUCCAGACAUUUGGAGUUUGGCCUAGUCGAUACCACUGGAAUGAGUGAACAACAACGUCGAGAGAUUCCUUAUACGGUGGUACAAUCGCAAUCUGUACAGCAAUGUCCCCUACAAUCUAGCAAUUCACGUUUGGACGAUGCAGAAACAUCGUCCCUGCCUAGAACGGUCGGAUCGCUCGGGAAAAGAGACAGAAGAGUGAUUCAACAUAUUCGCGAUGGAAGUUAUAAUUUCCCAACUACGAGAUCCAGUCAAAUAGAGACAAAGUAUCCGGAUGCUAGGAACGAGUAUAAUGCGAGGAGGGACUUUUAUUAUACCCGUAACAACAGAAUAUUAAUAGGGAGUAACGUGGACAGCGGACUCGGUGAAAGUACGCCUCAAGAAUUUUCCAGCUGCUGCUCAAGCUCAGCCGACAGCACCAAGCCCACUCGUGUAACGCAAUUGCAAUUAGGGGGAGAGGUGCACUACGAACUAUCUUCGAAUCAAGACAUCUACCCUCCUGUUGACACUACUCUGGAUGCUGUUCUUCAGCCAAUUAUAUCAACCUUAACAAGGAGGCAAAGGAGCUACCAGAAAUGAGCAUGAAGCUUUAAAUAAUAAAAUAAUAAUAAUUCAAAAACCGAAGUUAAUGCACAUAUUGUAUAUUUAAGAAAAUUUUUUAUACCUCUCAUGAAAGUAAAAAAGAAAAAAAAAAAAACAAUCUGUAAUCGUAGACGUAACACGUUGCACUCUUCAAUUUUAUGAUAUAUACACACGACGCAUGAAACAACAAAAAUUUUACUAAACGAAACCGAAUGCACUGUGUCUCUUUUACAUCUUAUUUAUAUUAUUUAAAAAGUUUAUAUAUAUAUAUAUAUUCGUUCUCUUACAAAUAACAAGACACACACCAUCCCUGUUGGUCAGUUCAACUGUCUUUCGAUGCCAUAUGCCUCAUUAGAUUUCCUAUAAAUUUUUCCAUUUUCUUCAAAUCUUGAGCUAUCUCCGUCUUAUAUUGAAGACACUGCGGAACAAAAAAAAAA